AUGAACCAGGGAAGCCUAGCCAGUUUCCAUGAAUACAUAACCACAGAUAAGUGCCGUACCAUAUUGGCCCUUUGUGGUGCUGGACUUUCGGCGAGUUCAGGACUACCAACUUUCCGGGGGUCAGGUGGGUUGUGGAAAAAUUACAGUUCGAUGGAUCUGGCUACCCCAGAUGCUUUCAACGUUGAUCCAGGGCUAGUGUGGCAAUUCUACUCUUAUAGACGCUACAAAGCGAUCCAGGCAAAACCGAAUAACGGCCAUUACGCCUUGAGUCAACUUUCCAAAGUGGCAGCCUCAAAGGGUAAGAAAUUCUUAACAUUGACUCAGAAUGUGGACGGUCUUUCUAGAAGGGCCCACCAUGAUCCAGAACAGCUUUUGGAGUUGCAUGGAAGCUUGUUCACGCUCAAAUGCACAAGUUUUGACUGCACAUACACAGAGAAUAAUAAUUUUAAGCACCCCUUGACCCCUCAAUUGCAAGGUUGUGAAGAGGAGUGGAUCAAUCCUAGAAAAAGACAGAGACGAACUGAGAAUGAAAAUGAGAACGAGAAUGAGAAUGAGGAUGGUAAAGACGCUGUAAUUUCGACAACUGGAUCUCCAGAAUUCACGCCAGUUAAGGAAAUUCCUAGAAGUGGGCUUCCCACAUGCCCUCAAUGUAAGACUGGAUUAUUACGUCCUGGGGUUGUCUGGUUUGGAGAAUCCCUACCCUUUAAGGUGCUUGAUCAAGCAGAUCAAUUCAUUAUGUCACAAAAGGUGGACCUCAUACUAGUUAUCGGCACCAGUCAAUCUGUAUGGCCCGCCGCAGGCUAUGUGAACAGAGUGAAACUACAGGGUGGUAAAGUUGCCAUUUUUAAUACUGAUGAAGAAGAUCUUGAAGGGUGUGAUGGGUGGAAGUUCCUGGGAGAUGCAGCGGAGUUGCUCCCACAGGCAUUAAAGCCACUAAUAGGGGAUAUCACAGAAGUAGUAGAAAAUGACAAAGAGUAA